ACAAGACUUUUUACUCUCACCGCCCCCUCAAGUCCUCUCUUCUAUCUCUCUCUCUCUCUCUCUCUCUCUCUCUCUCAAGUACUACUCCUACUAUUUCCCUUCGCCGACCGGAAUUGUUCCUCUCCAGGUCUCCAACGCCUGAAUCUUGUUCCUGCCCGAAAUAUCGAAAAUUCCCCGGGGAUGUAGCCGAUAUUAUUUGAUUAGCCGCGGAGCUAGUUUCGGGAAAUAAACUGUCCGAAAGGCUCAAAAAUUAUAUCGAAACCUCACAUUCCGUGUGCUAUUUCAUUUCCACUGUAACCCUUUUUUCAAUCUCCGACCGUUGGCUGGUACUGUUCUCGCCGGCGGUGAGUUUUCCGGUGGCUAUCGCCCAUAAUUUUUUUCCUGGUCGUUCCCUGUACUUACAGAUCAUAUUGAGUCAUGUGUUUUGUUAAUUAUUUUGUUUGGUAAUCUGGGUUCGAGUCAGAACUUGAUUUAUUCUAGUGGAAACAGGAAAAAAAGAAAAAGAAGAAACAGAAAAGGCAAGAUUGACUGGUAGAUAGAUAUUAGGAGGUUCUGUUGAAACCCUAUCAAUUUUGUUUUGUAAUUGUCUUUUAGAUUGCCCUUUUUCGGCUACUAUUAAUUCUUAGGAUAGGCAACAAAGCUUUCCUGAUGGCGGCCGACUUAGACACCUCUUCAGCCAUGAAUGACUCCACGGCUUCGGCCGAAGCUAGCGUCUCUUCAUCGGGUAAUCAAAUAGUCUCGGCGCCGCCGGAGAAGAAGAAACGAAAUCUUCCAGGAAUGCCAGAUCCAGACGCAGAGGUGAUCGCUCUGUCCCCGAAAUCCCUAUUAGCGACGAAUCGAUUCGUAUGCGAAAUCUGCAGCAAAGGGUUUCAGAGGGACCAGAAUUUGCAGCUCCAUCGGAGAGGGCACAACCUUCCGUGGAAGCUGCGGCAGAGGUCGGGGAAGGAGAUUCGGAAGCGAGUGUACGUUUGUCCCGAGCCGUCUUGCGUGCACCACGAUCCGUCGAGGGCUUUGGGCGAUUUGACGGGGAUAAAGAAGCAUUUCUGCAGGAAGCACGGGGAGAAGAAGUGGAAGUGCGACAAGUGCGCAAAGAAGUAUGCGGUUCAGUCGGAUUGGAAAGCCCACUUGAAAGUCUGUGGAACCAGAGAGUAUAAAUGUGAUUGUGGGACUUUGUUUUCAAGGAGAGAUAGCUUUAUCACACACAGAGCCUUUUGUGACGCGUUAGCAGUGGAGAGUGGUAAAGCGCCGCCGGUUACUUCGUCGCCUCCGGCGUCACCACCGCCACCACCUGCUGUGUCUCCAUCAGCUGCUGUGAUAUCCUCUGUUUUGCCAAUCCAAAGUCCAGAGUUGACGGAAAAUCAGAUUCACAGCCAGAUCUUAGGUGAUGCACUGGUAACAACUGAUGUAGCUAGAAGCGGUAGCAACACCAGCAGCUCAAGCAGCAAUGGAAGCACAAGCAGUAGUGUAUUUGCUAGCUUGUUUGCAUCUUCAACAUCCUCAGCAGCAAAUUCAGUACAGCCUCAAACGCCUGGAUUUACCAGCUUAAUCCAAGCCAUGGCUCAUUCAACUGACCUCCCAGCACCAUCUCCAUCGCCUGAACCCGUUUCUCUCUGCCUCGCCACCAAUCACGGGUCCUCGAUAUUUGACACUGCAGGGCAAGAUCACCGCCAGUACGCUCCACCAGCUCCUCCGGCAAUGUCUGCAACAGCAUUGCUUCAAAAAGCCGCCCAGAUGGGGGCGGCUGCAACUAAUGCCUCGUUGUUGAGGGGGUUGGGUAUUGUUUCAUCGACGCCUUCUUCUUCUUCAGGGGAGUGGGGUCGGAGUCAAACUGAGCCGGAGAGUGGAUCUUUGACAGCAGGGCUAGGACUUGGGCUUACUUAUGGUGGUGGUUCUGGUCUGAAGGAACUGAUGAUGGGAACACCAUCUGUAUUCGGUCCCAAGCAGGCAACCCUUGAUCUUCUAGGCUUAGGGAUGGCUGCCGGUGGCGGGCCUACCGGCGGGCUAUCAGCCUUGAUGACCUCCAUGGGAGGUGGCCUCGAUAUGGCGGCCGCAGCUGCGUCGUUGGGCAGGGGAGAUUUCCGAGGUAAAGACAUGUGAUGAAGCUCUGAAUAGGGGGAUGGUGUAAAAUAGUGUGCAGGGGCAUGGGGCCUUUGGGAAGUUGACGAUGUUGAUGAAACAUUGGUUAGAUAUGUAAAAGUAUUCGUAAUUAAAGAUGUGUUAUUCUAUUGCUUUCUUUGGUAAGGGCAGAAGGACCAUUGUUUAAUAUCCCCAUGGUUUAUAGAGUACAUAUUAAAGUUGAAGGGAUGAGGAAGAAGAAGGAAAUCUGGAUGUGCCAAGGGGUUGGAUCGAUUGGGUUAGGAAGAAAACUUCUUGGAGUUUUGUUGUAUUAAGCAUUUUUGUUACUUUGAUUGUGUGUGCUGCGAUAGAUGGAUAGUGGAGGUGGAAUCAUAGUCAAUUUUCCUGGAAAGAUGGUACUGUUUUCAUCUUUUAUCCUUGCGAUAAAUGAAAAUUUUCUUCGCGGUUUGAAA